GGGCGCACGUCUCCCAAUAACCUCCCGGGUGUGUGAAUGGUAUAUAGGUAGGUCAAAGUUCGUGCGUUUCCUGUGGUGUUUGUGUGUCAAGUUUCAAUCCAGAUCUGCUUCUCUUCAAUCCAGUUAAUAUUACCAUCGACUUAUAAUACCACUGUCUACAAUUUCACUUUUUCAAGAUGCAGCUUCAAUCAUUCUUCGCUGUCGGCCUGGUCGCCGUUACUGGUGUAAACUCUCUCAGCCUCUCAGGCGUAGCCCUCACCGUGGCUCCCGUUCUCGCCCGGGCGGCGGUCGCCGACUUGCCCGAUAUCGUCAUCAAGAGACAGGAGCUCUCCAACGCGGACCUCGUGGCGGCCGAUCUGGAGGAGGCAGGCGAUCUCGAGAGGCGCGUCUCCACCGAGCCUGAGGACGAGGAGGAGCCUGUGGAGGUUGUGGCCAAGAGAGGCGAGCAGGCCGCCGAGGAGUUCUUCGCUGAGGACUUGGGAAGUGAUGCGGAUGAGUAAAGAGAGUUGGUUGAAGAACUCCCCGUGGUCACCAAUCAAUGAGAAGAAAACAAGAUUUCCCAUACUUGGUAUCAAGCAACAAGUGAUGUCCUCGAAAAGAUCAUGCGUUGCAGAUCUGCAUUCCCGGAACUAAGCUUGG